AUGCGACUCGUUUGUCUAACAUCAGGACGGGAGCCAGAGAAGUUAGCAUACAUUACACAGUACCUGAAGGCGGUGGCCAUCUUCAGAGACUACAACGAUGUGUGUCAGGAUCCAGAGUUCACUCAGGUGGUAGAACUGGAUCUGAGCACGGUGGUUCCCUGCUGCAGCGGUCCCAAAAGACCUCAGGACAGAAUUCCCGUGUCUGACAUGAAAAAGGAUUUUGAAGCUUGUCUGGAAGCAAAGCAAGGCUUCAAGGGCUUCCAGGUGGCUCCGCAGCACCACAACGCUACAGCCCCCUUCCAGUUCAACGGGAAGGAGUACGCGCUGAGUCACGGCUCGGUGGUUAUCGCUGCCAUCACAAGCUGCACCAACACUAGCAACCCAUCUGUCAUGCUUGGAGCAGGACUCCUGGCAAAAAAAGCAGUUGAGUGUGGUUUGAGUGUGAAGCCGUACAUAAAGACCAGCCUGUCGCCCGGCAGUGGAGUGGUGACCUACUACCUGAGAGAGAGCGGCGUCAUGGACUACCUGUCUCAGCUCGGCUUUGAGGUUGUUGGCUAUGGUUGCAUGACGUGUAUAGGCAACAGUGGGCCGCUCCCAGAGCCCGUGGUGGAGGCCAUAACCCAGGGGGAUCUGAUCGCUGCAGGCGUCCUUUCAGGGAACAGAAACUUUGAAGGACGAGUGCAUCCCAACACCAGAGCCAACUACCUGGCUUCCCCACCGCUCGUCAUCGCCUAUGCACUAGCUGGCACAGUGAGAAUAGACUUUGAGAAUGAGCCCAUUGCGAUGAGCUCUGAAGGCAAAGAGGUUUUCCUCAGGGACAUCUGGCCCACUCGAGAGGAAAUCCAGGCUGUGGAGAGAAUGUUUGUCAUUCCAUCCAUGUUCAAAGAGGUUUAUGAGAAGAUCGAGGUAGUCCGUGUGGUUUGGCGAGCGUGUCCUUGCUGCACACAGGAAACCCUGCUGCCUGACCUGUCUGACUGUGUUGUAUUAACUCAGACCAGGAAGCUGCAGCCUCCUGCCUCCAUCACAGAUGCCUGUGUGCUUCUGAACUUGGGAGACUCGGUCACAACCGACCACAUCUCACCUGCGGGGAACAUUGCCAGGAACAGUCCCGCAGCACGCUACCUGACCAGCAGGGGUUUGAACUCCCGAGACUACAACUCGUACGGCUCUCGGCGAGGUAACGACGCCGUUAUGGCCAGAGGGACGUUCGCCAACAUCCGUCUCUUCAAUAAGUUUCUCAACAAGCAGGCGCCACAAACCGUCCACCUGCCGACAGGAGAAACGGUAGGACCUCUUCACCUCUGAGCUGCUGGAAGCCUCGCGCUGGAUCGUUGUGCAACACUUAUUUAUCAGAAGACACAGCUGAAAUAUCAGAGCCAGCACAGUCAGGGCUGCAUGCUGCCCUCUGAUGGACAAACUGUGCAACUUCUCAACAGAAGUCAGACACAAGCUGUUUAAACUCUGAUGUUAAAUUAUAUUUAAUUUAUGCCUCGAUCACAUUUUCUUUGUUUAAAUUACAAACCAGCUAAUAUUAUUAUAGCUGUAUACACAUGACCUUCAGUGCAUCUAAAGAAGUGUGGAGAGCAGAUCAUGAAGUUUUCUGAUGAUCUUGAGUCAAUGUUGUGAUAAUAAUAAACUGAAGCCUGCGGACACGAGUUUACGAGUUCUGAGGUUGCAUAGUUUGUCCACCAGAGGGCAGCAACCCUAACAGUAACCUGCAGCUGUUCCAGGAACACCAACACUCAGCUGGUGUGAGCAUAAAUAACUGCACAUAGCAAAUGUUAGACACAUCUAUAUGUUUCCCAUAUUUAUAUCAACGGUUAUGCCUGAAAGAGAAAAUAUAUUUCAGAACAUCAGAGCUUUAAAUCACCAACGACUGUGCCGUGACUCUUUAUCUCGAUAAUAUGUGAGCUAUGAAGAAGUGUGCAUCAGGAACUACAAACUGCAUGUAGAUUCAUUUACAUGAAACACUAUUACAGUAACUCUAACGGUGCUCUUGGGUUUGUUCUUGAAAAUCAAGUUGUGAAAUAAAACGCAGCAGUAAUAAAAAGUAACGGUCAAAGCUUCCUGACUCUGUGUCUGUAAGGAUGCAGCCAGGAGGCCAUUCUGCGUUUAA